AUGGAUCCAAAUACCGGUAUUCCGACUCUGGAUAACAUCGAAAAGGGCCAUUUUGGAGGCGAGACCUUGAAAGAUAUCACUCUUUGGAGCAUUCCAACGAUGACAUGGGGCGAGGGACCUGAGGCAAACCCAGACAGCAGCCCUGCCGUGUCCGCCUACCAGAUCAACCGGUGCACCGGUGGCUUGGUCUUGGUCGUUCAGGUUCAUCAUUACGCCUUGGAUGCAAUUGGAUUUAAAAACUACAUCAUGCAGCUGGCGGCCAAUUGUGCAGCCCUGGCCAAUUCGACGCCCUUCCCGCCUUUCGACCCGGCAAACCUGGACGCAUCGCGCUUGACCAUUGAAGUUCCGGCUGAUGAGCUGAUUGAUGGCCCGCCUGUACCCCAAAGGAACCAGAAUCACCGGAAGCAGCAGGCGGUGCUGCUCCACCUGCCCAGAAGCAAAGCGGCCGAGCUAAAAAGGCUCGCCACGCCCCGGGGCGGCGAUUGGGUGUCGACGUAUGAUGCGUCGUGUGCCUAUCUCUGGCGUGUCCUCAGUAGAGUGAGGGCUGCCUUGUACAACCCCUCGCGAGAUAUGGUUUUGUGGUGGGGCGAGGCCAUCAACCUACGACCGCGGCUUUGCCGCCCACCCUUGCCCCAGGGAUUGAUGCGCAACGCGUUGGGCUGCGCUACUUCAGAUACGAGCCCUGUCCCUCCAUUGACGGUCGCCGAAGUGGUGGACGAGGCGCCGCUGAGCAAACUAACGUCCUAUAUCCGCGCGCUGACAAACAGCUGCGACAACGAACAUAUCGACAAACUGCUGAAUAGGGUGGCGCCUGUCAGGGAUAAGAGUACCAUCAGCCUGCGACUAGACUCGUACCCGCCCAUGAGCAUGUUUGUAACUGAUCACAGGCCUGCCGACGUUAGUAGCUUUAACUUUGGGUUCGGGAAGCCGAUUACUUAUCGGCAUCUGUUCGGCGGCUUUUCGACGGAGGGCGCUGUCAUUAUGUACCCGCCUGUCAGGUCCACUGACCCCGACGAAGGGUGCGUUUUUUCGGUGACCAUGGAAAAAGAGCUUGUGGGUAAAAUGAUAGAAAUGCGCGAGUUUUGCGACUUUUUCGAAUAUCGCGGCGUUGACUAA